AUUUGUGCAAGCACACAGAAAGCGUAGAAAAGAUUAUAAACUCGUGCGAAAGUGAAGGUUAAAAAAUAAGAAUAGUAAAGCAACGCAAUGGACACGAUUCUGCAGAAACUUGAACAGGAGGAUGUGAGAUUAUUUAAUAUAUUCCACGAACAAGAGAUUACCGAUUUUGAUACGUUCAUGGAAUUGGAUAACAAUAAUUACACACGAUUACAAUUAACUACAAAAAUGGUUAAAACCAUUCAACGAAUUCGAAGACAAUGCUCAGAUGACCUCAUCGUUGAAGAAAGGCUGGAAAACGAACCAAUGAGUGAAGACGAUAACAUAACUGACAACAUAAACACACCACCACAGAACAGCUAUCGGUCCAUCAGCCUUGAUAAGGUAAUUUAUCUUAUAUACGGAAAUUAGGGCUUAUUUUUAUCAGUUGCGGUUUAAUUCCAUUUCAUGCUAUGUUAUCAAAAUAUUUACAUCCUUAAACAAAUUUUAAACACUUUAUCACAUUGGUA